AUGAAGCGCGGCAUUCCAGAAGCUUUCAGGGGUGCGGUAACUGAUGAGGUUACUAAUGCCAGUGACUUCCUUGCGGAAAUUCAGAAACGUUUUGCCAAAAACAAUAAGGUUGAAACGAGCACGCUUUUAGCAAGCUUGAUUUCAAUGAAGUAUAAAGGCAAGGGUAAUGUUCGGGAGUACAUCAUGGAGAUGUCUCAUCUUGCUUCAAAACUUAAGGCUUUGAAACUCGAGUUAUCUGAUGAUUUACUCGUGCAUUUGGUUCUCAUCUCUCUUCCUGCACAAUUUAAUCAAUUCAAGAGGAAGAGAGAUUGA